GCCAGAAACGCAUCUUCAACAAAUGCCUCAUGGAUCCAGGCGCGGACAUCAUCGUCUGCGACGAGGGUCACAUUCUCAAGAACGACUCUACGGCGAUCUCAAAGGCAAUGAACAAGGUGACGUCGAAGCGUCGUGUUGUGCUCACAGGCACACCACUUUGGGCGACAGAACAAUCCUGACCGAGUAUCGCUGCAUGCUUCAGUUUGUGAAGCCGAACCUUCUAGGAACGCGCAAGGAGUUCCAGAACCGCUUUGCGAACCCGAUCAAAUCGGGCCAGCACUCGGACAGCACGCCAUACGACGUGAAGCUGAUGAAAAAACGCGCGCACAUUCUACACGACCUGCUCGCCGGCUGUGUACAGCGGCGCGACUACAGCGCGCUGACCAAGUUCCUACCGCCGAAGACAGAGUUUGUCAUCUCAGUGCGGCUCUCCGAGGUGCAGAUCGCUCUCUACAGCAAGUACAUGCGUCUGAACGGGCACAGCAACGAGGAGCUGUCCACUCCGCUGAAGAACGUCGGAGCGACGUUGUUUCAGGACUACCACCACCUCAUGUGCAUCUGGAGCCAUCCGUGGAUGCUGAAGCUGAAGCAGAUACGCGAGGAGAAGAGGGCGAUGAUGACAAACUGGGACGACGACUCAGAUGGAAGCAUUGAUGAUGAGGAUGAUACGGAGGCUGAGGACUCGCCCAACUCUGACCACAGCGACGUGAUUGAACUCGACAGCGACGGCAGCGAGACGAAGAAGCAGAAAAACAAACGAUCGAACGGCGGAAGCGCCGAAGAGUUAGCACGCAGGGCAAUUCCGACGACGAUCCGGUUCCCGGUUACGAGCGACAAGUCGACAGCCAGUGCCACUUCGUUGAACGAAGGUAAUGCUUUGCAUUCCUGUGAUGCAGAUGAAAGUCUGUGCAGGCCAUCGCCGACAAGUGCAAGUGCUUCAUGUCAUCCCUGUGUCGAGAUGAAAACAACGUUCGCGCAGGCCAUCGCGCAAGUCUGUGCGAGGCCAGUCGGCGGACAUCAGCGUGUAAGUGUGUUCGACAUCCCUGGGUGCCAAGGUCUCGCAUUCCCGAUCUAG